AUGAACUGUUAUUAGCACUGCAGCUGUCUAAAACGGCCAGCUGGUUGUGAUAACGAAGGCUGGACAAGAGAUUUUUAAAACGCAAAAUAAUGGCGUCGCGAAGCAAUUAGGAGCAAGUAAUUAGCCAGAGGAUGCUUCAUUACAGCUAACCACACUGUGUUAGCUGACAGUUUCGUCUAACGUUAGCUAGCUACCAGUAACGUUAGUGUCUUUUGUUUUUUUAUAACCAACGCUACGUUAACAUGAAAUUGUCACCGGAAUUAAGGCAGCAUUUUACCCGUGCCGUAUACACUGAAACAAUCGUAAGGAUACAACUUAUUUCCACAACUAUAACUCAGAGACAGAACUGAAUAGCCGCAAUAAAUAAGUUAAACAACGGUUAUCAUCAGUGUGGCGACAGUCGAUAGCAUUACUCGGUUAUCAGCCCACCUGCUGCUGCAGUGAUAUCUCUGGUUGUGGGACCUACAGCGAAACCGUAGACAAUGUCAGGCAGCGGGAAAGUCGUCCCGCACACCCCGCUGGCCGUAGACUUCUGGCAUAUUCGGAAGUGUCCAGGCACACGGCUGUUUUUCCUGUCCCACAUGCACAGCGACCACACGGUGGGUUUGACCUCUACCUGGAGCAACCGGCCCAUUUACUGCUCACCAACCACUGCCACCCUGCUCAGACUCAAGCUGCAGGUGAAAGAAAAGUGGAUCCAUCCAUUAGAGCUAGGUGAGCCAUACCUUCUGCCACUGGAUGACAUCGGCAAAGAGAGGCUGACGGUCACACUGAUAGAUGCCAACCACUGUCCAGGGGCUGUCAUGUUUCUCUUCGAGGGCUACUUUGGCUCCAUACUGUACACUGGUGACUUCAGAUAUACCCCCUCCAUGUUGCGUGAGCCGUGCUUGAGGACCAACACCACUAUAGAUAUCCUUUACCUGGACAACACCAACUGUGACCCCAACCGCACUCUCCCCUCCAGACAACGAGCCACUCAACAAAUCAAAGAAAUCAUCCGCGGCCACCCCAACCACAGUGUUGUCAUAGGCCUGUAUUCACUGGGAAAAGAGUCCCUGCUGCUGGAGCUGGCGAUGGAGUUUAAAACUUGGAUCGAGGUGAGCUUUGAGAGGAUGGAAACCCUCAGAGCCCUGGAGUUGCCCGACGUCUUCACCACUGACCCAGGAGCCGGUCGUAUCCGUGUCGUGGAGCAGUCGGCAAUCUGCUCUGCCACUGUACUCCAGUGGAACAAAGAACAACCCACUUUGGCCAUCUUACCUACCAGCAGGCCCCUGGUCUCUUUUCACCCCAAUGUCCAUGUGGUGCCCUACUCCGACCACUCCUCUUACCAAGAGCUGGAGGAUUUUGUCUCUGCACUUAAGCCUACCUCCGUUUUACCCAUUGUGGGAAACUACGUACCUGGAAGCCUCUCUGCCUUAGUGCCCAGCAGAAAGCGCCAUGAAAUCUUGGUGCCUGAGUCAGUCCGACACUACAUGUUGAGACAGCCUGAGAGCCAACUCAGAUCAUCAGCAUGCAGCAGCCUUCACCACAGACAGUUUCAGCCUCUUGCUCCCAAAGGGGUGAUAUUUGAGUCUCCUGUAAGGGGAUCCAGGAAGUCAUGUGAUGAAGCCUGGGGUGCAGAGUGCCAGGAGCAAGAUGCCUCUGAGGAAGACAUGGACACAGAAAGUAGUGAAAAAGACUCUGAGUGUAUCCUUAUUGACCUGAGCAAGGACCUCCUCCCUAACAGACGCAGAAGAGGGGCUAGAGACAUGUGGAGCCUCAACAUCGUCCAGACAGUGUCUAAAGAUGUGGCAGAAACGGAGCCACUCGGUCAACUCGCCCAGAGCGACUUUGCUCCAGUGGAGAUCCUGACAAACACCUGCUUGAAGCCUGUCAGGACCACAAGAAGGCCUUUUGAAGCAAAUACCAAAACAAUCAAUGAGACAUCAUCUAACGAUAACACUAAUCAGUGUAGCAGACAUGGAAGUGCUCAAAACAACCACACAUUGUUAGACAGUGAUAGCACGAGUCAGCACAGUGGACAUGGAAUUGAUCAGGACGUCGACAUGCCAAAUAUCAAUAACACGAGUUGGCAAAGCGGACAGGGAACCGAUCAGAAUGACAGCGUGACAUUAUUGCAGAGCAGCCUUGAUAACGAUUCCUGCACUUCAUCUGCCUCCUUGACCGAGCUGCGGCGUCAGUGUAUAGAGGAGCUCGAAAACAGUAUUUUGAAUGAUCUCCCCUUUACAGAGGAGGACUUUAAGACAUGGGGCCUCAUGCCGCAGAGCUUUGUGCAACAGUUUCCCCUCUGUCCUUUAUAUCAUGCUAAAGAGCAUGGCAUCUCAGAAAGUAAUGUGACCUGACAUUCAAGGUUGUUUUUUUUGCCCUUCUUUAGAGGCCUUUUGUGUGUAUGUGAAGAUAAAUACUUUAAAGCAACCUUCUAUAUAUAAUUGUCCUUCACUGUGCCUCCAUUUGUUGUGCGUGUGGUCUUGAGUUUAGAAAGGCAGGCUUGUUAUGAAAGGUUUCCGAGUUUGUCCUUGGACCUGUGAAGUAAUGACAAACCUGUGCCCUUACCUUUCGUCACUGUAGCCUCUUUCUCUUGGGUGUUUAAUGCAGGGCAGCUUUCUGCAGUUGAAACAUUAUAAUUUCUCACUGUGAUGGAAAAAACUGAUCAGUGACUUUUGCAUAAUGUAUCUGCACAUCAUGGUGUUUGUAAAGUCACAUUUUCACAAGAUAGACCAUUAAGUAAUAUAUGUAUAUUUUUUGCCUUGAGAACCAGCUGUCUUGAAACACUGGUUGCUUUGUUUUGCUUUUCACCCUUGAGCAGUUGAACACAACAGUCAGGAUUUUAGAGUGCUUUGAAAUAUCAGUUGGUGGAAGUUAUUGCUGCAAAGUGAGCCGAAAGCCAAAAUUCAAAUGAAUUCAGUUUUAGCCUAAAAGCUGAGAUGAAAUGGCCUUUUAUUUUUAAAGGUUACAUUUGAAAUCUUCGGGCUGGUUUCAGUUGCUUCUUUACUGAGAGAAGCGGUAUUAGAGAUUUAUAGUGGUUUUCGUGCCAUCUGUAUUUUGGCUGCGGUUUAGAGUCAAAGAGGUUGCUUCACUGCUACUUUACAAUAAAAUCAAAUUGAUGCUCAAUGUGAUCAUCUAUGUAACUGUAUGCCUGUCUGAGGUUUGUGAAGAUACACUUUAAAGUAUUUUUUCCCUAUAUGUUAUUCAGCAGCUGUGACACAGUGUUCUUUUAGUCCACUACUGCAUAUAAUGUGAAACAGCGCACAGCAGUUUCUUAUUAACAGUCAUAUUAUCUAACAAUCCAAGCAGAAUUGUUGAGGGGAAAACACUAAGUAUCUUAAAUUACAUGUGUAUUGAACAGCACUAUUUCUUCUGUUUGUAUUCCUACAGCAGCUUAAUGUUUGUUUCAUAGUUAGUUAUUUUCCUCAUAACCACCUUUGCCAUUAUGCCACCUUUGCUAUGAUACUUUCAGUGUGACACAAACCAGCAGCUGCUCUCUGGGGGAAUUCUGGUAAAUCUUACCUGUUGGACUACAACACUCAAUAACUCAGAUAUGUAAACAUUGUGAAGCAGCACCUUGCCUUUUUGUUGUUUUGUGGAAAAAAAAAAUAUACUUUUGGCUUUAUUUUAUUCAAACACCUAACAAAGACCCAUGUUCAAAUGUAAUGCACAUAAUUAUGUUUUUGUAUGUCUCUUGUGUAGUAAAGGACAUGGAAAUCCAAACUGUUCUAUAUUAACUGUAAUAUAUAUGUUUGACACAGGUUUCUGGUGUGUCAGCUGUUUCUUCAAUAAAUUACCAUU